AUGAAGGAUCUCAGUGUGAGCAGUGGUGCGUGGUGGGAUGCUGUAGUGAUGGAGGCACAGACCACCUACAACACCUGGCUCCAUUCUGAACCACUUCAACGUCUAUAUCUUUCACCAGAUGUUCCAAGAGAUUGUAAGACUACAUGGGCAAGGCUGGGGCAAAGAGGUCAAUCCAUGCUCUUGCAAGCCUUGCCGGAUGGACUUCGAUCCGGAAUGUUGGCCAACAGAGUGGCCCACACAGUGGAGAUCAUUUACCGGGUGCUCACUCGGUACCAGCCUGGAGGAUUAGGAGAGAAGGCGUUGCUGUUGCGCCAACUGGUGGAUGGACGAUCUCCAACCAAUCUGGUGGACUUCCUUGAUCAGAUCAAGGCUUGGAAGAGAAGCUUGAGGAGGUCACAGGAGUUGAAGGUCGCGACACCAGACCCGACGCUCCUCAUAGGAGCUCUUGACAAGAUGAGUGGCGUGGUGGUCCAGUCCUCGCCCCAGGCUGCGUUCAGGCUGAACAGUAUGAGGACGCAGUUGAUGGUGGAUGUGAACCCUACCUUGCCAGCAGUGGUAAGCUACGCUGACUCUGUGAUGGCUGAAGCGGAGAGCCUCUUCCAUGGUGGAGUGCCUGCCAAUGCAACGGUGAAGGUGAAAGCCCUGGAGGGAGGAGCUGCUGCUGAGGCACCGCAGAAAGGCGAGGGUAAAGGGAAGACAGCUGAGAAGGGAGGCAAGGGAGAUCGCUUGCCAUGCAAGUUUUUUGGAACUGAGGAUGGGUGUAAGAAGGGAUCAGAUUGCUCUUACAUCCAUGAUUGGAGUUCCAUCGACAAGAAGGGCCGAUGCUACAACUGCUCUUCUACCAAGCACUCCAGGAGAGACUGCACUGUCAAGGCCACUACGUCCAAGGAGAACAGUGGAGGCGAUGCUGGAGGAAAAGGGAAGAGUGGGAGCGACAAGGGCAAGGGCCCUGAUGGAGCUGGAACAGCACCAGCCUUGAAGAAGGCAGAUCAACCUUCAGAACAGUCAGCCAAGGACGAGGAGUCGAAGAGCAGUGGGACAGGCGGCGGUCACCCGAGAGUAGAGGGGGACCUUGCCCGAGUUCCAGCGCCCCCUGUGCAAGAAUUGAUGCAGGAAGCGGCGGCACUGCUGAAGUCACUGAAGGGAUCUGCAUUGAAGACCAUCAAGGUCAACAGUCUGGAGGUACAGAGCUCUGGACAGGCAUUGCUGGACGGUGGGGCAACCCACGCAUUGCGUACAACUAAGAGCAAGCGGGAGUGGGAACAAGCUGUGGAAGUGAGGAUGGAGUUAGCACAGGGAUCGGCUGUGCUGCGCCAAUUACCCUGGUCCAAGACGUUGUUGUCUUUGACCCCAGUGCAGUGUAUAGUACCUCUUGGAGUUCUUGCAGAGAUUGUGCACUGCGUGCGCUGGGAGGGCACCACGUUUGAGCUGACAGACCCAUCAGGAUGCAUCUUGGACACGCAGCUUGAAAAUGGCUGCCCUACAGGAGAAGUCGAGCGGCAUUUUGUGGAGCGCCGUGCUCGGCUGGCUAUCCUCAAGGGAGAGGGGAACAUUGGAGGUUUGGAUGACAGCUUCGUGGAGGAGCUCAAGGAGCUGAGGUCAAUGUUCCCUGAAGUUCCGGUGGAGUUGUUGGUCCAAGUCUUGACAAGCAAACGUGGCUAUCGAGAGGGUGAUUUGCCCUGGAAUCGACACCAGCGACGACGUUUUCGUCGAGCUCAACAGAUUGUGGUUCACUUGUUUAGUGGAAAGGAUGCUGGUUUUUGGAAAAAGGAGUUGGACACGCCUCAGAGGGCGACGAUCUGUGUGGACACAGAAUUGGAUUCCAGACAGAAUCUACUUCGAGAUGAUGUGAUGGAGUACCUGCUGGAACUGGCAGAUAGCGGCAGGACGUGUGCCUGGAUUGGAGGGCCACCAUGCCGUACGAUGUCGAGAUUGAGGUAUCGUCAACCAGGACCACCACCAUUGAGGUCACGGUUGGGUCCGGAGAGAUUUGGUCUGAAUGGCCUCAACGAGAGCCUGCUAUGUCAAGUACAGCAGGACACCAUCUUGUGGCUGAGGCACUACUACUUGUACCACCGUGCCAAGAAGGUCAACACUGAGAAGACUCUGUACUUGACAGAGCAGCCUGAGGGUCCGAUGGGACACAGCAGGAGGAAACCAACGACUCUGGGGACGAAUCUCUAUGGACUACAGCAGCUUCAAGGACUCAGGGGUGCUGGGUCAACACCAGAAGGAGCUCCGGAGAAGAUGUCCGUGGAUGAAAGGAUUCAACUUUCCAAGAGUUGGUCAGCGUGGGCCCCAGGAUUGAAGAGGGCUAUUGCAGAGGCUUUGAGAAGGGAGUUGGAGGUCAAGGUGAAAAGGAUGACUCUUGAGGGUUGGAAGAAGCACCUCAGGAAUGAUCACCUUCCAUACUAUCGAGGAUGCCGGACUUGCCUCGAAUCUCAAGGUCAGUCAAGACAUCACCGGAAGAUUGUCACUCCGGAGAGCUACACACUUGGGAUCGACUUAGCUGGACCUUUCAAGAAAGGAACGGAUCAGUUGGGAUGUGGACGUUACAUCCUAGUUGGAGUGUACACUUUGCCUACGACCUUAGAUGGGAGGCCGUUGCAUCAAAAGGAGGAAGAGGGCCCUGCUCAUCGCUGCCGUGACCCUAGAGGAGAGGGGGACGGGACUGCGUCAGCAGGUGUGCCCAGAGGUCAAAAGGAGGAAGAGGGCCCUGCUCAUCGCUGCCGUGACCCUAGAGGAGAGGGGGCUCCAGUUCCUGGUGACGACCUCGCGGAGGAGAACGAAGAUCCCCUGGAAGUUGAGGAGGAUACCACUGGUGAGAGUCCAGCGGAUGAGAAGGAGGAUGAUCCUCAGAAAUGGAGGGAAAAGAUCCAAGCGGAGGAGAGCUUCAAGAUCGGACCGUUGACCUUUGUGGAGAUCCUUCCGGAUCGAAAGGGCCCAUCGGUGAUUGCAGGGCUGUCACGCCUUCAUGCGCGGUUGCGCUACUUGGGGCUUCCGCUGUUGAGGCUUCAUUCAGACAGAGCAGGAGAACUGAGGUCUCAGGCCAUCAGGAAAUGGUCAGAACAGCGCCAGGCUGCUAUUGGAGUGCUUAAGGGCCACACUCGAACCUUGCUGAAGGAGACCAACCAGGAUCCAACUAUGUGGCCACUUGCAGCUCGACAUGCAGCUGAGAGAAAACUACGGCAGCAGCUUGCUGGAUUUGGAAUUCCAGUACGUGAUAUGCUGCCUUAUGGAUCGACAGCCAUUGCACGACAGAAGAUCUGGUUUCAGAAGUACAUGGAUUGGAAGCUCAGCCGACGAAAAGUCACUGUGCUGGGGCCAGAUGCAGCCAUGUCAGCAUCGAUGCCUGGCUACUUCGUGCAGGGUGAGGAUGGGAAGUUCUUUCACUCAGUUGAUGUGAUCAUUGCUGAGGGGACUCCAGAGGAAGCUCAAUUAGAGGAUGCAGCUGAGAUUGGAGAGCUGCGGGGAUACGACUUUUGUACAGACCAGUUUUUGAGGUCUCUGAUCGCAGAUGUGGAGGGAUUGGCUGAAGGAUUAGCCAGAGAAGAUGCAGUUCAGAGGCAGCUACAGGAAGAGGAGACGGAGGAGAUGGCAUUUAGCCAAGAGGUCUUUCUGCAGACGAAGACCUAUUCGCUGGCCGAAGUCAAGCAGGAGCUGGAGGAAUGGAAGGCUAGCAUGGAGAGUGAAUUUCACUCUAUCACUGAGGAGACUGGUGCCAUCAGGGUCAUCACCGAAGCGGAAGCAGAACAGCUUCGACGUGAUGCAGAGCGCCAGAAUGUGCUGUUUGAGCGCAUACCAGCUAAGGCUGUCUUCACUAGAAAGGCUGGCACUGGAAAACGGAAGUGCAGAGCCUGUGCAUGUGGGAACUUUAUGACCCAACGCAGUCUGGCAGACACCUAUGCUGGUGGCACUGGAGCGACAGAAGUCCGUGCCAUUUUGAGGAGAUGUGGGCUUCGAUCUUGCUCAGCAGUCACUUUGGAUGUGAAGACUGCAUUUUUGAGAGCCCGCAAGGAUCACUCCAAGGAGAUUGUCAUCGUUCAGCCGCCCCAGGUGUUCAUCUUGGCUGGAGUUUGCCAGCCUGGAACUUUGUGGUUGGUUGAUCGAGCCCUGUAUGGCCUUAUCACAAGUCCAAAGGAGUGGACGCAGUUUAGGAAUCAACGAAUGGUGACCUUCAAGUGGUCAGUGAAUGGCAUUGACUAUGCCGUCGAAAAGACUGAAGACCCCGACAUUUGGAAGAUCGUCAAACCAGCCUGGCGCUGCACGGACCCUGGAGGAGAGGGUACGUGGACUGCGGUGGCUGAAGCUCCACUGCAUCGCUGCACGGACUCUGGAGGAGAGGGUACGUGGGCUGCGUCCAGUGGAGGGUCAUUGGAAGGCCAUGGGAGUCUGAAUGAGGAACGGCCUCAAUCUGCCGCCAUGACCGAUGUCGGGAAGGUCCAAAACGAAGUAGUUGGGUACUUCGUGACCUAUGUGGAUGAUGUUCUUGCGGUUGGAGAAGAAGGAGUCCUGGAUGGAUUUUGCACCAGGAUGCAGCAGGAAUGGGAGGUGGGCAGCCCAGACUGGCUGAGAAAAGAUGGACCACCGGUGAGAUUCCUGGGGAUGGAAAUUGAACUCAGGAAGGGAGUAUACCGGGUUCACCAACAGUCCUAUAUCCAGAGUCUUUUGGAGAAAUACCCAGAAGAGAAAGGUCUGAGACUGUCCCACAUCAAAACUCCUGAGGAGGAGGAUCAUGUCACUCCACAAGAGGUUCAAGUAGCCCAACGUCAGACGGGCGAAUUGCUUUGGUUAGCAGGUCGAACCAGGCCUGACAUCAGUUUUGCAGUGAGUUUGAUGAGCAUGUAUGCCACGAAAAGGCCAAAGGGAGUGAUGAAGAUUGGCCGUGAAGUUAGGGCCUAUCUCAAGACCUCCUUGGACCUAGCUCUGGAAUACGGCAGAUUGCCAGAUGGAGACUUUGGUGAGGGCGGCAGCCAGCGGAGAGCUCGCCAUGAGAACCUCAUCGAGGUUUACACAGACGCCAGCUAUGCCUCGUCUGGGUUGAAGAGCAUCAGCGGCGUAGUGGGCUUCUAUGCAGGAGCACCAGUUUUUUGGAUUACCUGCCGGCAGAGCUUUGUGACACUGUCAACGGCAGAGGCUGAGCUGAUGUCAAUGCUGGAGGGCCUCACAGCACUUCGCUGUGUCAAAUCAGUAGUCAGCAUGUUGCAGUCAGGGCCCCUUGAAGGCCGGAUGUAUUCUGACUCCACAGCUGGGAUCAGCAUUGUGUCAGGUACGACUGGAAGCUGGCGCACCAGACAUUUGAAGAUUCGUGCCCAAGGCCUACAUGAGGCUGUUGAUAGGGGGGAGACCACGUUGGAACACCAGUCUGGAAAGCUGUUGGUGGCCGACGGGAUGACGAAGCAGCUCCAAGGAAUGCUGCUACGCCACUUCAUCCAGGCCCUCAAGAUGACCACUGAGAAAAGGGAGGUGGUUGCUGUCAAGCGCCUCUGUGAAGGAGGAGAUCAGCGGAAGAGACUUCAAGAUGCACUUGCUCUCUUGGUGGUUUCAACUUCCAUUGUCAUGGCAUCAGCUGAAGGUACAGAGAUUGAGCCAACAGCCACCAAUGAGGAUAGCAUGAGUUGGAUCUUUUUGAUGGUUGCUGUGGCCGUGAUCCUCGUUGUAGUGGACAUGGUGUCAAGGUUUGGGAUUGACACCUUGAGGAGAUGGAUCAGCCGGGAGGAACCUGGUUUGCUGAUGCACGAACUAGCAUCAGUGCCAACCAGAGGAACGGAGGGAUCUGCAGGUCUGGAUCUCACCACAGUGGAGGAGUACAGAAUCCCAUCAGGAGAAUACAUGCUGGUGAGGACAGGGAUUGCGGUUGAACUUCCGCAUGGAACCUAUGGAAGGAUGGUGAGAGGCAUAGAAGUUGGAGGUGGAGUUAUCGACCGUGAUUUCAGAGGGGAAAUCAAGGUUUUGAUUCACAACCUGUCACCGAUGGAGUUUUGGAUCCGCUCUGGAGAUCGAGUGGCCCAGUUGAUUGUCGAGAAGGCGAUGGAGGUCAGAGUUGAACAGGUGGAUGCACUGUCAACUACUACCAGAGUUUUGACUGGACCGGAGUGGACGAACAGCAGAGAUGCAGACAUCUACUCUGCAGAGCCCUUUGACCAUGACACCUCCGACAUUCAUGCCGAGGGAGAUGAUUCAACCGAGUUCCACAUCACAGAUGUGUUCCCCGACUACUACCUGCCUGAAAGGCAGUGGUAUGGCUCCGCUACCAGGACCAUGGAAACCAUGAUCAUCGAGAAUGGGAUUGGUGGCGGGUACUGGCCGUUGGAAUGGUCUGAUGACCUAUGGACCCUGGUGACCCAGCGACCAUCGAUGCGUGGCCCUGACAUCACUAGAGAGUUCAAACUGUCUUCCAGUGUGGAUGCAUUGGUCAGGAUCCAUUCCACACCUCGCCAGAAGCUCUAUGACUUCGAGGACACUGAUCCAAAUGAGAAGUUCAGUGAACUGCAGCUGACGAUUGCCUGGCUGCUCCUCAACCAAAAGGCUGUUGUCUGCAGCCGACGACGAGGCCGAAGAGCCCCUUAUCUCCCCGAAACCUGGACUGGAUACACGAUUCAUCUGAGGAUUUCAUCAAGGGCUUGA